UAGCAAGCGUCUGCUCCUAGCACUGCUAGCAAUCGUGCUGGCUAACGACUUGCAUUACAUCUGUGUUGGAAGCGUAGGCCGUACCUAAUCGGCGCGCCCGUUGCGAGCCUCCUGAAAGCUCCCUCUGAGGAGCACUGCUGUCAAGGCGCUCCCACGCGCGCGCGCGGCGCCGCGGCGACGUCGCGCUUGCGCCAGCGGAACGGGACGCGCGCGGCGCAGCAAAAAAAAACAUGGUCGACUACAGCAAGUGGGACAAGUUUGAAGACAGCGACGACGAACGAAUAGCCGAGGACUUGCGAAGGGUCUCCAAGCAGCCGGAGACGCUCGAGCAGCGCCAGCAGGCCAAGGAGUCGGCGCGCCGCAUCGCCCGGGCCUUCAUGUCCCAAGAAGACGAGACCACGGGCCCGAAUGAAGGAGACGACCCAGCAAAUCUGAGUGAAGCGAAACGGAGGAAUGAUGCCUGGUGCAAGUGGGUCGCGGACCACAAGGAUGCGAACGACGCGGCCUACGCGGCCUUCGAGGCGAAGGACCCCGACGCCUGGAAGCGCGUGCCCUAUACGACGUUGAUGAAGAACGGCGUGGGCACGGGCGUCGCGUACCCCUUCGACGCCGAGUGGUUCAAGAGCGAACCGACGGCCGAUGAAAAGCCGCCGGACAUCGAUCCCGGGUUUCUGGAUGGAUGUUUCGACGAAAUCGACCCUUCUUCCGUAGAAAGAAUAGUAUACAGCGGCCCCGGCGAGUGGCACGGCAAGUUGGUGACACCAGCCGAAGCUCGACUGUUGGAUUGCUUCGCGAUCGACAAGGCCGAGGCCGCCGAGAAGGAGCGGCAAGCGAGGGAGAAGAAGGGCACGAGCAAAGAUGAGCGAGAACGGCAGCAGGCCGCGCUCCAGGCCGCGAAGCGGAAGGCCGACUUGCGGGAGCGGGAGAAGCCCAAGGAGCUCAAGGUGCUGGAUAAAAAGCCGGUCGCGCCGCCGCCUCCUCAAACGUUCGACGGCGGCGCGGCCGUCGUCGCGGCGGCGGCCGAGGCCGCGCGGAACGCCGACGAGCCGAACCGGCCCGUCGGUACGCAGCGCGCGACGGCGUCGGCCGCAGUGCCGAAGCGGGCGAAGCGGUCAAGGGAAGAUAAUGUGGUGCAGGACCCGCGCUUCGUGGUGGACGAAGACGCCUGGGAGACGCGGGACGUCGCGAAACUCAUAAAGAGCGAGGCGCUGCCCUUUGAUGCUGCGACGUCGGACGAAGAAUAUCUGGAGGUCCCGCUGCCGAACUUUCCGGAGAACGACACGUUAAUACUGCACGUGUCCGUCGCGGCGGACGUCGACAUCUGGGCCAUGAAUUUGUGUCCGGGCGACCAUGAUGAUGGUGCGACCAUCCUCUACCACUUCAAUCCUCGGAGGAGGGAGCGCGGCGGGCGCCUCGUCGAGAACGAUAAAAAUGAGGACGACUGGGGCCGCGCCGUCAAAACACAACUUCCACCGAAGCCGGCGCUCUUCGGGCUCGCGAAGGCCGAGGUGGCCCUGCGGGUCGUCCGGCGGGCGGGCCACGUCGACGUCCACGUGACCGUGAACCGGCAGCAGGCGACGGCGUGGCGGCUGCGGACCGAAGUGAGCGAGGGCGCGCUGGCCCUCCUCGUGCCCACGCGGGACGACUUCGGGAACCGCCAGGGCGUCGUCGUCCACGACGCCUGGUGGGGGGCCCUGCCCCUGCUGCCGGCGCACCGGCCGUACCGCGAGCGCGGGCCGGCCUACUAA